CCGCCGGCCGCGCCAUCGCGGGGAGCGCCGGCCCGAGAUGGCGGCGGCGGGAGGCGGGUAGAGAGGGCGCGCUCGGCCCGGCCAUGCACUUCUCCAUCCCCGAGACCGAGACCCGCGCCGGGGACGGCGGCGCCGCCGCCUACGUGGCCUACAACAUCCACGUGAACGGGGUGUUGCACUGCCGGGUGCGCUACAGCCAGCUCCUGGGGCUGCACGAGCAGUUAAGGAAGGAGUAUGGUGCCAACGUGGUCCCAGCCUUUCCCCCAAAGAAGAUCUUCACGCUCACCCCGGCGGAGGUAGAGCAGCGACGGGAGCAGCUGGAGAAGUACAUGCAGGCUGUGCGGCAGGACCCGAUGCUGGGAGGCAGCGAGACCUUCAACAGCUUCCUGCGCAAGGCCCAGCAGGAGACGCAGCAGAUCCCUACGGAGGAGGUGGUGCUGGAAGUGCUGCUCUCCAAUGGGCAGAAGGUCAAGGUCACCAUCCUCACCUCGGACCAGACGGAGGACGUCCUUGAGGCUGUAGCCUCCAAGCUGGAUCUGCCAGAUGACCUGGUUGGCUACUUCAGCCUCUUCCUAGUGAGAGAGACCAAGGACGGAGCUUUCUCCUUCGUGCGGAAGCUGCAGGAGUUUGAGCUGCCAUAUGUGUCGGUCACCAGUCUGCACAACCCCGAGUUCCGGAUCAUCCUGCGCAAGAGCUACUGGGACUCGGCCUAUGAUGACGAUGUGAUGGAGCAUCGUGUGGGGUUGAACUUGCUGUAUGCGCAGACGGUGUCGGACAUCGAGCACGGAUGGAUCGUGGUCAACAAGGAACAGCACCGGCAGCUGAAGUCCUUGCAGGAAAAAGUCUCCAAGAAGGAGUUCAUCCGCCUGGCGCAGACCCUCAAGUACUACGGCUAUCUCAAGUUUGACCCCUGCGUCACCGACUUCCCAGAGAAGGGCUGCCACGUCGUCGUCAGCGCUGGCAACAACGAGCUCAACUUCCAGGUGCGGCUGCCGAACGAGCAGAUCAAGGAGGGCAGCUUCAAGGUCACGCGCAUGCGGUGCUGGCGGGUCACGUCCUCGGUGCCAAUGAGCAACGGCCCCUCAGGGAGCAGCCCGGGGAAGUCCGAGGUGAAGCUGGAGUUGGCUUUUGAGUACCUGAUGAGCAAGGACCGGUUGCAGUGGGUCACCAUCACCAGCCCACAGGCCAUCAUGCUGAGCAUCUGCCUGCAGUCCAUGGUGGAUGAGCUAAUGGUGAAAAAGUCUGGAGGCAGCAUCCGCAAGAUGUUUCGGCGGCGGGUGAACGGGGCCCUGCGGCGCUCGGACAGCCAGCAAGCUGUGAAGUCGCCCCCUCUGCUG